AUGAUGAGAUUGAUAUGUUUUGCUACUUUACUCUCAGUUGUGUAUUCUGGAUAUAACUUGAACUCCUCCAAUUUUAUCAAAGAGGCAUCUACUAUUUCUGAGUUAGAAGAGUAUGAUUACAUUAUCGUUGGAGGAGGAACUGCCGGAUGUCCAUUAGCAGCUACACUUUCUGAGUAUUUCAAGGUACUUGUUCUAGAACGUGGAGGUUCACCAUAUAGAAAUCCAAAUAUUACACAACAAUCAAAUAUUGCAAAUGCCCCACGCCAAGACCCUGCAUUUCAACAAUUCACAUCUGAGGACGGGGUUGCUAAUCUUCGAGCAAAUGUAUUGGGUGGAGGGAGCAGUGUAAAUGGAGGGUUUUAUUCUCGUGCAGAGUUGAGCUUUCUUCGCCAAGCAAAGCUAGAUGAAACAACUGUGAAUAAGUCAUAUGCUUGGGUCGAAAAGGUUGUAGCAUUUGAACCAACUUACAAAAAUGCAUUUCAAGCUGCUACUCGUACUGCUCUUGUAACAGUUGGGGGUAUAAUUCCAGAGUAUAAUUUUACAUAUGAUGAUGUAAUUGGAACUAAGACAGCAGGAAUUACAUUUGAUCCCAAUGGACACCGCCAUCCAUCCCCAGAUUUGCUUUUUGAAUAUGCGAAUCCUCACAACAUUCUGGUUCUUUUACAUGCAACUGUGGAAAGGAUCAUUAUAAGAAAUAAAGGAUCCGCAAAGUUAGCAUUUGGAGUUAUGUUUAAAGACAAUAUUGGUCAAAUUCACACUGCAAUAUUAAAUGAGAAAACUGGAGGUGAAGUAAUAGUUUGUGCAGGUGCUCUUGGAAGUCCACAAUUACUAAUGCUAAGUGGAAUUGGCCCAAUAGAACAUCUUAAACCCCUUGGUAUUAACUUGGUACUGAAUUCUCCUCAAGUUGGAAAAGAGAUGAGAGAUAAUCCAUCAGGAGGUAUGGUAUUACUAUCUCCAAUUCCACUUGGUAAUUUUUGGAGUCCUCUUACUGUUGGAGUUGCAAGUGCUGGCUUUUUAGUGGAAACAAUGGGACUUGGAACUUCAGGUCAGCUUUUAGUGAAAGUUAAAGGUCCACAAUCUUUUGGAGAACUGCUUCUCAAAUCCAAAAAUGCAAGUGAAACUCCAUCUGUGAGGUUUAACUACUUUAAAAGCCCAGAGGAUAUACAAAGAUGUGUUGCUGGAAUAAACACCUUAGAGGAGAUGGCUUUAUCAAGUGUUUUUGCACCCUAUCGAUAUGAUAACCAAACGCUGCCAUCAGGAGGUACUGUUUUAUUGCCAAAUCGACGGAAUUCUUUGUUCCUAAAGAGCAUCAACAGCACUAUAGCUGAUUAUUGCAAGAAAAAUAUUGGAACAUUUUAUCAUUAUCAUGGUGGCUGCCUGAAAGGUGAAGUUAUCGAUGAUAACUACAAGGUUAUUGGUACCAAUAAUUUACGAGUUGUAGAUGGCUCUACGUUUAAAUCCUCUCCAGGGACAAACCCUCAAGCUACAGUGAUGAUGUUAGGACGAUAUGUGGGAACUAAAUUACUUCUGGAGAAAGAGAAAAAGAAAAAUAAAUGUUAG